UUGCAUUCUCCUACUACUCUGUAGAAUCAAGUUUCGCAACAAAAGCCAUAUCCAGUGCCCCUAAAAUCGCCUCCGCCUCCGCCGCCGCCGCCGCCUCCGCCUCAAGCAAUCACCUAUUAAAGUUUACAUAUGGAAAACGGGGAGAAGAAGAACUAUGAGAGCUACGUGGUGGUGCACAACAUAGCCAAGAGGCACAACGUGGGGACAUUGGCACGUAGCGCCACCGCCUUCGGGGUGUCGGAGCUGAUUCUCGUUGGCCGCCGCGACUUCAACGCCUUCGGCAGCCAUGGAUCCACUUCUCACUUACGCUUUCGCCACUUUCACUCCCUUUCCCUUGCGUCCUCCUUCUUGAAGGAGAGGGACUGCGAUAUAUGUGGUGUGGAGAUCACAGAUAAUGCAGUUGCAGUAAAUGAGCAUCCUUUCAGGAAGAGCACUGCCUUCCUUCUCGGCAAUGAGGGAACUGGGCUUUCUGCAAAGGAGUGUGAGAUAUGUGACUUCUUUGUUUAUAUUCCACAAUUUGGGGGUGGCACUGCCUCUCUUAACGUUACUGUUGCAGCUUCCAUCGUCUUACAUCAUUUUGGAGUUUGGGCAGGAUUCUCCGAGAGGUCCCGUGAAGGAAACAAGUUUCUUGUGGCUGAAAAACCUGUUAAUCAGACAAGGAGAAAUUAUUGCACGGAAACAGCAGCAUCUGUCAUUGAGGAGCGAAAAUUAAAAAGGGAAAAUGCUGCAAAUGGAUUUUUCGAUGAGAGUGGAAAAGAUGAAGCUGCUCCUAAUCUUUUGGAUGCAUUGUUUGAUUCAUAGUGAAGAGAGAAUUAGAAAUUUACUUGGUUUGGUACGUUACUUCUACGGCAAAUGCUAUGUGGAUUUUUUAUCAGCAUGUUGCUGCUAUGAUCACUGUAGAAGCAAGAACCAACAAACUUCAGUUCAAAAUCAUAGUCCACUUCACAUAAGAUGAAAUGACAAUGUAAUACGUUAAUUGCUUCUGUGUAAGCACAUAAAUUGGUGUAUACUUAUCAUAAUUUAGCCAACAGUUAUCAAUAUAUUAAUGUUUGUGUUCAGUUUGUGAUC